GUGGAGUUCAACUUGUUGGGAACACCGGACUAUCUCGUUCUACCGAGCUGUCUCGAGCUGAAAUCGGAGCACGGCGGAACGGAACGUGGCUAAAGUGACGGUGCCGUGAUUGUGUGAGCGCGAGGGCUCGUCUGUCAGUCGUCAUGUUGAUCUCCAGGUGCCUCCUGGCUGCUCUCCUCACCUGCGUCUCCACGGCAACUGAGAUGUGUGCUGACUAUGGUGAGGAGUUUGAGCGCGUGUUUAGGCGUCCCGGUGAGACAGGCGUGUUGAGUUGCAGAGCAGAGGAUGAUCUGAACGCUACACACCCCUACAGCCUGGAGUGGUACGACCCAAACACACUCCAACAGUACACCCACACGCCGGGACGAACCAUCUUACGGGGGGACACCCUCUGGAUCUUCAACCUCACGCACCAGGACGAUGGGAAAUACAUGUGUGUUGUCAGGUCAGCUGGUGGCUGUUCUAAGAAGGUGUAUGUGCUGGUUGUGGAGGCGGGCCCAGGGGCGUGGCCUAAAAGGGGGUGUGUCAAUCGCGACCGCAGCAUCCAAUGGCUGCAGAGCCUCAACACUGGAACUCUGGCCUGUCCAAUCACAGACUACCUGCCACACGUGCUCUCUUACACCGUCACCUGGUACAAGGGUGGCUGUACGGAGGUGCCUCUGGGUGAUCGCUAUGUCCAGCGGCGAGACGGUUUGCUGCAGCUGCGGACUGUGGGAUUAGAACACGUAGACAACUACACCUGCCUCUUCAACUUCACUAUGGACCCACGCACACACACACACUCGCCCUCACACACACACUCGCCCUCACACACACACUCGCCCUCACACACACACACGCCCAUACGAGGAUACAUGACCGAGACCAUGGAGACCACCGUCAACGUGAAGGUCACCUAUCAGCCGAGAAUCCUCCUACCUCAAGGGGAGAUCGUCAAGGUUCACUUAGGCUCUAGUCUGCGUUACGUGUGUCGGGUGCUGGUUCCAGGCGUGGGGGGUGAUCAUGACGUAUUCGUCAGGUGGAGAGAGUCCAAUAACGUCAUCUCAGGAGACACACAGGAGAGAAUACACCAGGUCAUACACAGCUGGUCUUUAAUGUGUGUGUGUGUGUGUGUGUGUGUGUGUGUGUGUGUGUGUGUGUGUAGGCCUGAGCCUGGUGAUGAUGGCGUGGUGUUGAGGUCUGAGCUGGUCCUGAUGACGGUGCACGAGGAUGAUCUGAGCACCAACUUCACCUGCUCCACCAGCAGUGGAUACUACAACCCCCAGGCUAGCAUACGGCUAGAGCGAGACUCUAACCUGCUGCUGCCAUUGGCCCUGGUGUUUGUGGGCGUGGCCGUGCUGUUUGUGGUUGCCGUGGUGACGUAUCGACUCUUCAAGAUCCACAUUGCACUCGCCUGCAGAGACCUGAUGCCAUACCUGUAUCCUAGCAACGAGGGCGAUGGGAAGCUGUAUGAUGCGUACGUUGUGUACCCGCGUGUGAUUGGUCAGUGCGGCCCUCAGGAGAGCUUUGCACUCGGGACGCUACCCAGGAUGCUAGAGGGUUGCUACGGUUACCGCCUCUUCAUCCUCGGCCGAGACUGCACACCAGGAGAAGCGGUGGUGGACGUGGUGUGUGCGUCUCUCUCUCUGAGUCGCCGCGUACUCCUGCUCUAUGGUGGGAGUGGCUUCAACAUGGAGGAUUGUGAUUGGUGGGUUCUGGAGCAGCAGCUGGCCCUGCAGCAAUCCCUAUUGGAGGACGAGCAAGUGGGCGUCGUCCUGGUAGACCUGGGGGGUGUGGCCGACGAAGAGCUGCCAUUGGCUGUCAGGAUGCUGAAGGAGGAGCAAGGGACGCUUAGCCCCGCCCAUAAAGACAUAUACUGCAUGCCGAUUGGCCGAGAGCGGGACAGGAGGCAUCCCGUUGGACGAGAGGAGGAGGAGGCGGGGCUUGGGUCUAUUAGCCCCUCCCCUCGCUUCUGGAGGGAGCUGCGGUACCACAUGCCGAUCAGAGGCAAAGCAAAAGCACACACACACACACACACUCACUCUGACACACGCCAGCGCACACACACGCAGACACACACACACGCAGACACACACACUAUUGCUCUCACACACACACCCAGCGUGCAGACGUGACCACGUUGGCACUGUGAUAUGGACAGCAGACGACAGCAGCAGCCAAUAGGAUUCAACCGUCACAGUCACAUGGACAGCAGAGAACCAAUAGGAUUCAACCGUCACAGUCACAUGGACAGCAGAGAACCAAUAGGAUUCAACAGCACAGUCACAUGGUCAGCAGAGAGGUGUCCAGCGUGAGCCGCCUACCUUUUGGUGUGUGUUGCUGUGGAUUUAUUUGAGUUUUAUUCUUAAUUGGGUCAGAGAUGGGCCCCGAACAUUUUUGACACUUUCGAGUGGGCCCCAAGUUGAAAAAGGUUGGGAACCCCUGGGGUAGACUUUCAGUUAU